AGCAGGCCUCAGCUUGGUGUGACAUGUACCAGGCACGGCAUGGCCGCCGCUUAUCAUUAACCAGCUCCUGGCGUUCUUCUUUAUAAGUCUCUGAUCCCUCUUCAUUUCUUCGUGAUACCCAACCCCCCAUAUCGUCGCAGACAUCCUCCGCUGUGGUUCCUCAACUGCCAAUAGCACGGGCAGCGCAAGAAGUGCAAGCCGAGCAGGACCCCCAACUCUCCAAAAGUCGCGGGAUCAAAAGUAUUGCAAACGCGAAUAGCAAUAUGGUCAAGCAUCAUCGAUUGCCAAUCGGGCGACCAGGUUUUGGAGAGAGUCAGACUUCCAAAACGGCAGCCGAGAUUGCCGCCGAGCUACAUUUGUCGAUGCGGGCGCUGCAGUCGAGGUACAAAGGCAAGCGAACGUUGAACAAAGCAUCCUCAUCCUCCAGUCGAGCGAAGUCCCGCCUUCCCUCGGUGUCGUCUGCACCAUCUACCAAGGAGCUCCCAGCGUCGGCAGCUUGCGAUCGAUGCAGACGGCUCAAGACCAAGUGCGAGCGAAGAUUCGAACCCGACAAGCCUUGCGGGCGAUGUGUCAAGGCUGGGGCUGAGUGCACCAACGAAGAUACCCUCUUACUUCCCGGUCCCCCGAAACGUGAACAGAAGAGCAUAUUCAGCGAUUGGGGUGUGCCAUACAAGACUUUUCGCGAAGCACUCAAAGAGCAACGUCGUCAAAGUCAAAGUGCCUAUAGCGCUCGGCGACCUGGCAGGCCAAUGCAUCCUCGACAUUCUUUCAGCGGGACAGCGCCCGCAACGACUACUUCGUCAUCAUCCUCUUCGGUCAUCACGCACAAGGUCGCGUCUAAUGGCGACUCAGACGGUUCAAAUUCAGCAACCAGCACAUCCGCCAUCGAUAACCCACACUGGAGCGCCCACAGCUUCGACUUAACUACCAUCCCGUCAGGGUUCGGCCCCAUUCUGCAGCCGAGCAUUCCUUUCGUUCAUGCGCAAGAAGCGCACCACUCAACAUAUCAGCCAACACUCGGUGACGCGUCACCCUUGUUCGCUUCUCUCACACCAAGCAACGGUGACCAAUCGAGGACCCCGGAUCUGAUACACCACAGGUCAGCGAGUGAGACGUACUUACCUCAACUUCAGGCUAGCCGCGAGUGUUCCCUCGGGUGGAAUGCUGCUGCGGCGGGCUAUCAGGCGGUGCAGGCGCCUCACUUGAAAAGCCUUGUGGAUUCGCCACCAUCCCGCGAGUCCCACAGCGAGUAUGCAGCCUUCCGGCAUUAUGGAACUCAGCCGCCCCAGCACGAGUCUCAAGUGCCUCACCGUGGCGGUCCGAGACAUGGUUCCGUCCCCACUUUGAGCUACAGUCCGGCGUCGAUGGCAGAAGAGCUGCGCUACGCUCUUUCCGCAUCGCCCAGGGAUCUGUCUAAUACUUUCCCAACUACGGCCGUCGGAUCAUCCAAGGCCUCACGUAACUUCAAUAGCUCUGCCAACUCCCCCUCCGCGGCGUCCCACCACGCAAUCAUGCUCGUUGAUGAGCAGCUCGAAUCACUUUUUGUGAAACCCAACUGCCACGAGCUGCCCAGUCAAGUCGGGGUCGGUGCUUCGCUUCGUUUUGCGAAUAAGCUUGACGAGUCAUUCAGUUUAUUAUUUGAUGAGUCUGGCAGGACUGGAGUGUGAUUGGCCCGGCUGGCAGGAUAAUCUCGCUUCCUUGGGACCGGCUCGAAGAUACGUCUCGGCCAAUUUCACUCUGGCCCGAGCUUGCGUUGCACGAAUCUGACUUUGACG